AUGUCAGUUUUGCGGCAGAGAUGUUAUAAAUAUGCAGCUGGCUUUGGCUUGCAGGAAUUGAAGGGUUAAAUUCUGCAGUUUCUGCUUCGUCUGGUACUUUUCCGAUUGGAUAAAGUUGAUGUUUGCUGUUGGAACGCGAAUAAAAUAAGGUGUAAUGUGCAUAUUUAGAGAUGGAGACGAGCAUUUAGGCUUGUUGAAGAAUAGAUUUGCGCUCUUUUCUGAAUAGCAUCACAUAAUGCGCCGGUUCAGCAUCCUGUGUUAACAUAAGAAAAAUUACCAUUAAAAUACGCAUCUGAGAUUUAAUGACAGGAAAAUUAAGACGUGAAGAGCAAAUAUAAUCACUGUUUAUAGCGAUAAGCUAUAAAUAUAAUUUUAAUAAUAACAUUAAUAAUUUAGAUAUUUUUUAUUAUUCUCAGGGAAUUUAUAGCUAAUUUUGCCGGUGCUGCGGCUCAACUGGCCUGAAUAAUUUUGUCGUCUGUGCACCAUAAUAACCCGUACAUGUGUAGGCGAUAUUUCUCAGCUUGUGACCGAGAGAAAAUUUGUUUGACUGGCAAAUAGUUUUAUGAUUGGGAGGAGAACAGAUCAGAAAUGGAGGGCAGAUGUGAGCGCGCGUAAGUCAAAGCAGCCGCCGCCCCCGCCGCUCAUAACACAUACAGACUGUGUCUCAAAUCCCAUUCUGAUGCUUAUCUAUACGCCAUUUUCUCAACCAUAAUGAAGCCCAAAUAUGGUGCCUAGGUAGUCAGCUCACUAGGUUGUGAGACAUAGCCAUGAUCUCAUCGCCUCUCAUCUCAUACAUCAGACCAUUUUAACUACAUUAUCGCCUUGAAUUGAUCUAAUUCAAGGCUUUUAAACAGAUUAUGAUCCAGGAGAUAGAGUAGUCAAAUAAGUCUGAAUGGAAUGAUCUGUAAGUAAUUUCUCUUAGGAGAUGACCUGCUUCUAACAUCAAUAGCCACAUAUGAAUUUGCUACAGCACCUUUGCAAAGGUUGAGAGCCGAUAUGCAGAAUCUGAGACUGUUCAUCUUAACCAUGCUGUUUUACUCAGCAUUCUCUGCAACUCUGAAAGCCCAAGAAGAGUCUCAGACUCUGUUUUUUGGGGAAGACUUCUACAUCCUUGUGCCGGCAGAUGGAGCUGAUGUGACGUUCAGGCCUACGGUUGUUCCAGGUCCAGAGAAGCUGCUGAUGAGUUCUGGGAAAGUGGUGGAUCUUCGUGCCAAACUAAACUCUGCUUCGAGGCACCUGAUCUUGGAGAAUGUUGGAGAAAGUGAUGAAGGAGUCUACACCAUCACAUCUAACCAGAAUCCAGAGAAUGUUACACGCAUCACACUCUAUGUUAGAGAUUGCUCUAGUGAGGUCAUCAUUAAGUACGGCUUAGAUUUUCAUGUAUCACUGCAUAAUAUCUUAGACUCAGUGCGUGUGGGCUAUCGUCACAGUGCCGUGGAGGCCAAUCAGACGUCAUUGCCGGCUGAGGAACUGCUAAAUGCUGAUGGAACGCCCAAGGAGAAUUACCAGGACCGCAUUGAGAUCACUCCUCAGAAGUUCACUUUGCAUGGUGUUACAGGGGCUGAUGAAGGCAGUUACACCUUUAGUGAUUCCAUUGGGAAAGUCCAGAAGAAGAUCUGCUUAAAUGUGAAAGCACAUCAGAUAUUUGUGACCCUUUCAUACGGUGGGACUCUGAAAAUAAACUUGCACAUGAAUAACUCCCUAACUCGCCUACUGUACAAGCCUCAUUCUGAUAAAUAUAAGUAUUUGAUUAUGGAGAACGGACAGCUCAACCUGCCUCCUAACCUGGAUCUCGAGGGUCGUCUCUCUUUGGAGGACUCUUUGUGUCUUCUUACAGACGUGAGGGCCAGCGAUGCUGGAGUUUUCAGUGUGACUGACCUCGAGGGAUUCCUGGUGUCUGAUGUCCACCUGGAGAUGGAACCAUACAGGCUUCCUAAACUCUACAUUGCUAUCAUUGCUCUGGUAGCAUUACUGGUGUUGCUGCUGUUGGUGUGCUUGGUGUCAUGUUUGGUGAAGAUACGCAAACGUGCAGCAAAGGCCAGAGCCAUUGAGGAGAAAGUCCAGAAUGCAGGCAAAGUGGAGGGAGAUGCCUUUAGACAGGUUGUGAAAGAUGCCUGUACCCAUCAGAAUGAGGAAGCCCCGGCCCUGUCACAGAAAGAAGACAUCACUGAGAAAUCACAGAGCACAGAGGUCAGCAUUAAGGGUUUGGAGGUGUCAACUAAAGAGCCAAGCCUUCAAGAGAGGAACAUGGAGACCAGUGACUCUGGAGUGGGCUUUAAUACCACUGGACUCCCGCUUGACAGUGACACUGAUGCCCCAACAGCAGCCCUAGCAGAUUCUGAUGUAUUGAGUUCCUCUGCUGCCCCUGAUGUCAAAGCCGUUCCCAACCAAGCUCCAGAGUCAAAGACAGCCCCCUCACCUCCAAAACCAGCACCAACUGCUGAUCUGAAACCAGCACCUGUGGCCAAGUCGACAGCUCCUCCACCACCAUCUCCCGAACCCAAACCACCAGUAACACCUGAGCCCAAACCUGCUGCUACACCUGAACCCAAAAUGACCAUCUCACCACCAACUGAAACAAAACCAACCUUAAGCCCAUCACCAGAUCCCAAGCAACCUGUGACACCUGAUUCGAAACCAAGUCCAGUACCUGAGGCAACAACAACUGAUGUUAAACCAAUUCCAAGUCCAACCCCUGAAACUCCAAAAGCAGUAACACCAACUCCUGAUGCAAAACCAGCAGUUUCACCUACUCCUGAACCCACACCAGUUAAAGUUGGCACUCCUGAACAGAAACCCGCUGUGAGCCCUCUGGUUUCUGAGCCUAAACCAGCUUCACCCACUCCACAGUCUAAACCACCAGUCUCAGAGAUUCUCGACUCAAAACCAACUACAAAUGGUACUCCAGAAUCUAAGGCUGACAUAGAGUCAGAGCCACGUGCACCCAUAUCUCCUGGGCUGGAUGUGAAGGGCACAACCCCUCCCAAAACCCCUGAUACUGGGAAAAGCUCAGGCAAAACUCCUGAGCUCAUCUCCAGUGGAGGUCUAGACUCGGCUUCCCCCAAUGACAGUGCACCACCUUCAAGCACUGAUGGAGCUGCCACCAACUGAGAUUAAAACAUAGCCUCUUUCCUGCCUCCUCCUAGUGUAUUAACCACCACAGACAAUCGAGACACUAGACUUAACAACAAAGAAGAGCUAAGUGACUUCGUCUUUUAAAUCUCACUUUUAAUACAAAUUAACAUGCAUCAAUCCACUGUAAAUCCACUGAGUUUACCUAUAUUUAAUCACCCUGUAACAGAGUUCAAAUACAGAAAAGAAGCAUUUCAGACCUUAUACCACUGGCUGAUUUAAUACAGAAUGAGGAUGGCUGUCUGGGCUAUUCCAAGAAAGUGUACAGAGACAAAUCUUCCUUCACAGAAAUAAUACAUCACUGCAUGAAGAUGUUGACAAAAUAAAUUAUAUUAUCGGUUCCAUAAUCAGAGUUACUGUGGUUGAAUUUGGGGAAAGGCACACAGGAACAUGGGACAUUAAUCAUUUUCAUUCUUUAUGAGAUAAUUUCUGCUCCAUUUCGACCAGUCGGGGAAUCCGAAUAGCAGGACUGAUACUGAGAAAGUGACCAACCUUCUGCCGUCAGAGGACUGGAAAAGUGGAAAAAUCAUGUGUCAUUUUGACACAUGCAAGUCAACAUGUCAUUUUGACAAAGGUGAUGAACAAGAAAACAGGAGUGCAAAGGAGAAGGAAGAAAACCAUUUGACCAAAAAAAAUAAAUAAAAAAAAUCAUAAUCCUUCAUGGACUAAUCUGUGACUCUGUGACUGGAGGAUAUUUUUGAGAAUCUUCUUCUAUCAAUCCAACCUAUGACACUAAUCUAACGGAUGUUCUUGUCCAGAGAUGUGACAGUGCACAUUUUCUGUUCAUUCAAUAACAAAAAAUUGCAAUUGCAAGUUGCAAAAAUCUGUAAUCUGUAAAAACACUCCGUAAUAUUAAAAAACAAACAAACAAACAAACAAACAAACAAACAAAAAACAUACACAUUGAUGGCAACAGUAUAUGUAAACAGGUUUGUUUCUUUGAGUGAUCUGUGUUCAGACUGAUAUAUCUAAAUAGUGAGGCUGUUUCCAUCACUAGUGAAUUUUCUGGAGCAUUGGGAUUGGAAUUAAUUGAUCCUACUAAUAGCGGCAUUUUGGUUCACAAAAGGAAUUAUGCAAAUCAGGUGAUGAGAAAAACGCGAAAAAAAUGGUUGGUGUUGGAGGAUGCAGCAGACUACUGCAAUAUGCUGUACUUUUACUGGCACUUUACAGAAUCUCUCCACCACUGCGAUACAAACACCUGAAUUAGCUUUUUAAAAUGUGUUCUCAAUAGCACACCAUUUUUGCGAUUGUUUCAUCAUCAUUUGAUGAAUUACUCCCACAAUCAAAAAUGUACUCAAACACAUGUAAGGGAAACAGGUCAAUUUAGCUCAAAGGGAAUCAUUUAAGAUUUUAAAGGGAAUUUGAACAGAAUCACUGUUUCACGGCUGAUCACUGAAACGGCCAGCGAUUCACUGAACGAGCCGUUUA